AUGUGGCAGCUGCUGAUGGGCGCCAAGAAGAUGCAUGAGUGCUACAUUGUCCACCGCGACAUAAAGCCCGAGAACAUCCUCGUCGCUGACGAUCACACGGUCGUCAAGAUUUGCGACUUUGGGCUCGCCAUGUCUAUGUCCGCGCAGCGACAGUACGAGCCGACUGGCACGCUAUGGUACAAGGCACCCGAGAUGCUGCUGGAGAAGCCCGACUACGACGGGCUUCUCGAAACCUGGUCAUUGGGCUACGUCAUGACGGAGCUCAUCAACGGGAGGGCUCUGUUCCAUUGGCCGUUCGCCACUGAGGUGCGGCCGGAAUUGGACGUGCAGCGGCACAACCUGCUACGCGAGUUGUUCCCUGAGGAGAUGCUGUCAAAGGAAGGAUUUGAGGUCCUCAACGGCCUCCUCAUGUGCAACCCGGGCAAACGACUCACAGCAGCCACCGCACUCAAGAAAUCAUGGUUCUCCAAGAUCGACGCUCUGGCACUGCCAAAGAAAGAGGUAAUGGCAUCAGCGUUGCCGAAGAGACGGAGGCUGCUGUGA